AUGUUUCGUCGCCGGACUCUGGCUGAUUACCGCAUGCCGCUCUACUCUAUGCAGAUGCGUGAUAUUGGCAUCCAGCCUAGAAAUCCGAUAGAAAGACGAGAUGCUCCUAAACGACCUUCAACUCUCUCCCCUUCACCAGGAUCCGCUCUAUCAUCCUGGCAAACUGCUCUUCAACCGACAUCAGAUACGCGACAACAGCAUCAGCAGUCACUGACAUGCUCUCAUAGGCAGAACCAAAUGAAUAGCCUACGACCGCAAAACCGCCUCUCGUCAGGCCAGCAUUUGACACCUUCAAGCCAACAUAGCUCGCCCCAGCCGUAUCUGCAGCAUCAUUUGCUUAAUAAUAAUCGUCAGAAAGCUGCAGGCGGCUGCAGCGUCACAGAUUCAUCAGACCCAUUUCUUGAGAAUAAUUACCUGCGCAAUCACGCCUCCGUGGAUCCUAGCUGCACUCGCUUGGUAUCCAGCUCUUCUGUCGUCGAGGGGACCAGCUUCAACCUAUUCAGACGACUCUCUGCUGGCGUGCUUGGAGUAACUCACUCUAUGCUUACUGGUAAGCCAGUUUUUUUGUUUAUAAAUUUGAUUUAG